AUGACCAUCGGCAACAUUCUCGCAAGCACACUAGGGCUGCUUAUUAUCUGUGUGGUGGUCUCCGUGGUGUGCUCUGUGAUGUCCUUCUGGGCGCUGCCACUUAUUAUUGCAAAGGCUAACGUGGUGACCUAUUUAAAUAUGGUGAUCUAUAUACAACUGCCGAGUUUGUUGGACGGGUUCUACCUCGCUAAAUCCGAUUGUCUGCCUGACGGGCCUCACUUCUCAAAUACCUUUUAUAACACCAUUGGCGUGGGUAUCAUCGGUAACAUAGCUGCUUUAGUCGGUAUCACGGCGUUCAAGUUCAUCUUUUCGACGCGUAGCUAUCGUUUUGCCUUGGUCGUCACCACACUCCUAUGGAUGUUUGCCUCUAUCUUUGACAUCACCAUGCUCCAACGCUGGAAUAUCAAGAUCGGCAUUCCCGAUCACGUCAUGUACAUCUGCGGUGAUGCCAUUAUUGGACAAGUGUGCUACAUGCUUUCGUGGAUGCCAAUGACUAUACUGUUGUCGCGUCUGUGCCCGCGCGGCUCCGAGAGCACGGUGUAUGCACUCCUGUCUGGAUUUUCGAACCUCGGCCAGUCUACUAGCUCCUCGAUAGGUGCCAUCCUGAUGGAGUACGUGUGGCCCAUCAAAAGUAACCCGCCGUGCGACUUCAGUAAUGGCGUGUGGCUCGUCGUCGUCGGCCACGUCCUCACCCCGCUGCUGAUCAUCCCGCUGAGCCUGUUGCUGCCAAAUGCUCGUGUGUGCGACGACAUCGACAUCGAUGGUAACGUGGUGUCCAAAGAGCUGCAUGAAGAGCCCCGCGCGAGGCCAGUCAAAGACAGUAACGAAAGCCAGUGA